AUGAUUCUUGCUGAUGGUGGGUUUAAGGUGAAAGGCUGGACUUCCAACAUACAGCUAAAAGGUCCAGAGGCAAACGAAACGGAGAAAACUAUGAUGGAAAGUCUAGCAGAGGAAAAGGUGCUAGGAGUCUUCUGGGAUAGAGAGAAGGAUGAGUUCUCUUACAGAGUGAAAGUUGACAAGUUCAUGGAUAAGAGACUAACCAAGAGAAUCAUCCUCAGUCAGGUUGCCAGAAUCUUUGAUCCGAUUGGCUAUACAGCACCGUUUGUCAUCCGGGCUAAAAUUGGACUACAGCAACUAUGGGAAAAUGGCUAUGACUGGGAUGCAGUUCUUCCAGAUGAAUGUCAAUUGGAAUGGAAAAGAUUCUUUCAAGAAAUGGAAGAGCUCAAGGAGGUAACAUUUGAAAGAUGUCUGACUCCGAAGGAGGCAGUGGGUAAGCCGCUGCUCUGUAUCUUCAGUGAUGCUUCGAUGCAUGCCUUUGGAGCGUGUGCAUACCUGAGGUGGGAAAUGGAUGGUGGAGGCUACAUGACUAGAUUUGUGGCAGCAAAAUCACGAGUGGCACCACUCAAGCCACUAACAGUUCCACGCCUUGAGCUUCAGGCUGCAGUUCUUGCGAGUAGGUUAUAUAAGACGAUAUUGGAGGAGCUGAGGAUUGAAAUUGAGGAUGUCAUUUUAAUGACAGACAGUACGAUCGCCCUCUCGUGGAUUAGAGGUAGGGCGAAAACCUUCAAGACGUUUGUUGCAACAAGAGUGGGAGAAAUCCAGACCAGUACAGACCCCAGCAAAUGGAGACACAUCUCUGGAGAAAGCAACAUAGCAGAUGUGUUAUCAAGAGGACUGAAGGCAAGUGAGCUGGUGGGGUCAUGGCAACGGGGUCCAGACUUUCUUCAAAAGUCAGCAUUUGAUUGGCCUGACGAAGUCAAGGUUCGUGAGGACCUUCCUGAUGUUGAGAAGGAGAGGCGUAACGAGAAGACAGUUCUAAAUGUGUCUCAGAGUUAUCAUCUGAUUGAUUACGAGAGGUUCUCUAACUGGAGGAAACUGGUCAGAGUAGCAGCAUUGGGGAUAAAGUUUGUAAAGAAACUCAAGGCCAGACGGCAGAAUCAGGAAAAAGAGACCAGUAUAGAGAUUACGCCCACAGAACUAGAUGACGGAGAAAAGUACAUCAUUAGAGAUGUACAAAAUGGCAUGGAGUCUCGGAUCAAGAAAGGAGAGCUGAAGUCUUUGAGUCCGUUCAUUGAUGACUACGGUAUCAUACGGGUUGGAGGCAGGAUAGAUAAAGCAAUUACGUCAUUCAAGCAGAAGCAUCCUGCCCUGCUUCCAUAUGGACAUCAUGUUUCAAGACUGAUUACUCGUCAUGUACAUGAGACGAGUCACAGUGGAGUAGCUGCAACCAUGGCAAAGAUAAGACUGAAAUACUGGAUUCUUCAUGGUCACAAACUUGCCAAGACAGUUAAGUAUAGAUGUACCAGGUGCAGAGUGUUUCAGCACAAGACAGAGACCCAACAGAUGUCAGACCUACCAAAAGAGAGAUUGGCCCCAAGUACACCACCAUUCCACUUCACUUCAUGUGAUUAUUUAGGGCCGCUAACGGUGAAAGUGGGACGCAACAAGACAGCAAAAUAUUAUGGUGUGAUAUUCACCUGCUUGAACACUCGCGCUGUUCAUCUGGAACUGGCAGUGGAUUGUAGUACGAUGGAAUUCAUGCAGGUGCUAAGACGUUUCUUCUCUAUCAGAGGACAAUCGACGAUGAUCAUGAGCGACAAUGGUACCCAGUUCAUAGGUGCAGAACGAGAACUAAGGAAGAUGAUGGAAGGACUGUCUGACAACGAGCUGAAGGACUUUUGUGCAGAGAGAGGCACUACAUGGAAGUUUGUAACUCCAGGGGCACCACAUCAAAACGGGUGCGCUGAAUCUUUGGUCAAGAGUUGCAAGCAUGCAUUGAAAAAGGGCGUUAGGUGA